CCUGAGCUUCCUCAGGAUUUCCACCUGGUUGGACAGGACCGAUUUAACGAAACUUGGCGAAAUGUUGAACUUGGGUAGCGCGGCUGGAAAAUCUGCGAAGGCAUCGUUUGUGUCUUAUGUGACGCCUGAGGAAAUUAAAAUAACUGAGAAAGAAACUUCCAGAAAAGAGAAACACCCAGACUUGUUGCCAGGCGAGGUGGUGUUCUGCAGCGCCAACCCCAUCGUGAAGUACACGCAGGAUGAGCUUUCUCAGCGAGGCGUGUUCGGGACGCUGGUUUGCACCAACUUCCGCAUCUCUUUCGUCAGUGACGAAGACCCAGCGGAGGAGGCUCAGCUCUUCAGGAAUAAGCUGUAUGGAGAGAAUGACAUCCCUCUGACAUGUGUGGAUCACAUCUACGGAGGUUAUGACGAGAAGAAGAAGCUGAUCACCGGAGGACUGUUUCGGAAUAAGAACCCCUCCAAGAUCAUUAUUCACUGUAAAGACCUGCGGGUCUUCCAAUUCUCUCUGACGUACGCUAAAGAAGAGGAGGCUAAGAAGAUCUUCCAGGGCAUUGUCCACCACAGCCUGGAGCCUAAGUCACUGAAAUGCGUCUUUGCCUUUUCCUACUGUGAGAAAGCUGCACCAGCUCCCGAGGUACAGAAGAUGCACAGAACAGUCAUGUUCGACACUGUGGAGGACUGGACCCAGGAAAUGAAACGAACCAAAGGGAACUGCAAAGUCGUCUCGGCCAAUGAGAACUUCAGCCUUUCUCCAACGUUACCACAGUUUUUCAUCGUUCCCACAGCUGUUUUAGACGAGGAUUUCACAAAAUUCCAAGGAAAAGGAGUACCUCUUUGGUGUUGGUCCCAUCAUAGUGGUUGUGCUCUGUUCAAAAUGGCCUCUUUACCAUUGGUGCAAGAAGAUGGUCUUUCUCAGACGUACAAGAUCUACACAGACAGAAUGCUCAACGCUGUGGCUCAGACUCACCUGUACUCGGUGAAGACAGAGGAGCUCUCUGACACUCUCCCCACGAUUCAGGACGUCCAGCUGUCCUACAGCCGCUUCAAACAGUUCUUCCUCAUCGAUAAUACUACUGAAUUUUGGAUGUCAGACAUGAAAUGGUUCUCUUCACUGGAAAGUUCCGGAUGGUUGGACAUCAUCAGACAAUGUCUCCAGAAAGCUGUUGAGGUAGUUGAAUGCCUGGAAAAGGAAAACACAAAUGUUCUUAUAAUGGAGGAGAGCGGCUCAGAUCUCUGCUGCGUCAUCUCCAGCCUGGUCCAGCUGAUGCUCGACCCCCACCUCCGCACCCUGGGGGGCUUCCAGAGCCUGGUGCAGAAGGAGUGGGUCUCCGGGGGCCACAGUUUCCUGGACCGCUGCAACCACCUACACCACAAGGACAGGGAGCUCCAGUCUCCGGUUUUCCUGCUGUUCCUAGAGUGUGUGUGGCAGCUCCUGCAGCAGCACGGACCAGCAUUCCAGUUUUCCGAGACCUACCUGACCGUGCUGUCGGACAGCCUCUAUGUGCCGAUCUUCAGCACCUUCCUCUUCAACUCCCCUCACCAUCGAGCGACUAUCGGGAAGGGUGAGUCCCCCCUCGCACAGAGGGGUCCGUUGAGCUGCCCCUCAGUCUGGGAGUGGUCCCUGCAGUUUGAGCGCAAAGCCCAGGACCUCUUCAUUAACCCUCUGUACACCGACAAGCCCAAGCACGAGAAGUCACUCAGGAAACCCUACCGGCCAAAGCACCAGAGGCAGCUGUCCCUGCCCAGCACAGCCUUCAAGUCUCCCCAGAAGAAGGGCUUCUUUAAGGAGGAGGCGGACAGCCUGAAGAAGAUGCUGCGGGUGAAGAGGAUCAGCCGCUGGCUGCACUCUCCAGACUCCGCGCAGGCCUCCACGCGUGAGUUCUACGAGGCGUGGCAGCGCAAGCCGCGGGACUUCCACGGGCUGGUCCUGCCCUGCCUGGACGGGCCCGCCCUGCGCGUCUGGAUGCAGCGCUACCUGCGCUGGCUGCACCAGGUCCAGAUCUUCGGCGGAGGAGCCGUCGCGGUGAUGAGCAAGUUGGCCGAGCUGGCGGGAGAGGUGCAGGAGCUGAGGAGGGAGCUGGAGCGUCAGGCCUGCAGUCCCGGGCCCAACCACCGGAGGGCGACGGCGAGCAGCCGCUCGUCCGUGCGUCUGUCCUCGGCCUUCCCCUUCGCCAGCUCCCGAGCCUGGUCCUCCCGCCCGGCCAUCCCCACCAGCCUGCUGCACAGCCUCAUGAUCUCCGGCAACAUGGCCGACCUGGACGACGAGGGGCCCCUGAGCGUGGUCUGAGAAUCUGAUUAGUUCUCCGUCUGGGGGGGGGAUUUCAACCAAUCAAAGUCUGAGAAUCCUCCACGUUUAUUGGCGGUUGGGAUUUUAACCAAUCACGUCGGGCGUGGGAAUUGGCCACGUUCACCAGAAGUCACGGCGCUGGAAAACAUACAUUUCACUGGUGGUUUUUCGGGGCCAAUCAUGUUCAGCAGGUGCCAUUACAGGUUCACUCAUUGGACACUGUAUUGUGGAUCCAUGACUGUCAUGCCAAUGGCCUUGUGUAUUUGAAUGGCAACCUAACUUAUAUGCAAUUUAUACUCUACUGUACAAAAAUGUGGUUUGCACCAAGACCCUUUCAAGAAGCGCUCCACCAAAAAUAUGACUGUUGUUCUGUAUUUUAUUCCACCACAAAAAUAAUUUGUAUCAGUUCUGUAAAAUUUUCAAAUUAUUCCAGUACUUCUGUAACACACUGGGUAGAUGUGCAUGGCCAGUCUUAAACAUUUUUAUAACUGAAAGAUUUGGCCCUUUUCCUAAAGUAAAUCUAUUAAAUGUGUGUUGAAUAACCAUACAACACCACAGAAAAAGAGUAAGCAAUUACUGCAGAGUAGCUAAAUAUGUAUGCUCGAUACGAGUGUUUCAUAAGGACAAAGAGUGACUUGAUGCAAAAUUUGAGUGUUCUACUGAGUAGUCUGGGUCAUAUUUUGGAUCAAGGUGCCAGCUAGUAUUUAUUUUAGGUUUUGUUGAGAAUAAAAUAAAAUAAAAUAAUCUGUACUUUCACUUGUAUAUCGGAGGGCACUGAAAAGUGUGUGACUGGAUAAAUUGUUAUUUUAAAUUGUGUGUCUGGUGCCACUGGGAUAAUUUCAACACACUCCGAUAAGAAACGUAUGAAUAUUGUAUCAUGUCUGCAAACCAGUUUAAGUUUAAUUUUAUAUUUAAAGAGGCUAUUUACUGUUAAAGUACAGUUGUCUUGUGAUAUAACUGGUUCUCAUGAGACCUGAGUCAUAUACGUAAUUGUUUUGGAUUCAAAUACUUUUCUGUGCUCAAUUGAUCUUGCCUGGUGCAAUUCAGCCAACCAAGAGGACUAGAAGGUGGGGUUUGUACUUUUAAUAGGUUCUAAUACACCAGAGUGUAGAACACUAUGUAAGAUAUGUUAAUAUUAUAGCCUUAGAGAGAGCACCAGGGUAAUUAGAUGGGCAAAUAUUAUAUUACUUUUAAUAUUAUAUUGUCCUCUGACAUCAAAGCCACAGUGAUAUCCUAAUCUUGGUAUGCAAUCUAUGGGCCAGAGUUUGUCAUUUAAGAGACAACAGAACCAGGGCAAGGCCCUGCCAGAAUUUUCUUUUCUCCCACUUUAAGUUUGACUGCAAUCUGUAAUAUUCAAUUUAAAUCAUUUAUUGAGUGUCUAUAUAGAUAAUUAUUGUUGAAGCUGGACAGUUGAAAUCUACACAACUGUUAGAAGCAGUUCCAGAUUCAAGCGGAAACCAGCGCAGUGUGAUUCAGUUUUAUUAUAUGGACUAUGUAGAUGGAGAUUGUGACUGCCUAGCUUUAGCAAUUACGUGUCUACAAAUAUGGCCUCUGUUGUAAAACAGAGAAGUAAAAAAGUAUUUUUUAGAGGUAUUCAAUAGCUAAGCAGGAUUACCUCCUAACACGUUCCUGUUUAGUGUCAUUAAAAAGAGACUAAACCCAUUAAUCUUUUCAUGAUAAUAUAAUGUUGCUUAGCCCUUUUUUCAACAAUAUGAGGUCAAAUUCAUUAGUAAGUACAUUGUCGUCUUAGUUCAUAAAUUAGUAUGAUUCAUUCCAAGUCUGCUUCUUCAUUAAUUCAUUUAAUCUUAGGAUCUCAUAUAGAGCUUAUUUUGAAUUUUUGGUUGAUUCCACCAGUUUACUAUAUAUUGAUCUAUCAAAGAAUUCAGAGAUUUCAUAGUCAUUUCAAUAGUCAUUCUCAAUGAUAAUUAUAAAAUUAAAUCACAUACAGUUUAUUUUGUUUGUAGGCUAAGUGAGGGGUUCUGCAAUACCACUUGUGUUCAGUAUUCAGUAUUAACAAGGGCAUUGAUCGAAAAACAUAUUAUACUUAAUCAUCGCUUCCCCGACAAGUAUUUGAAUCCAAAUCCAAAACAGUGACGUAUUUGUCUUGUUCUCACUGGUUAUAUUCAGGGUUAUACUUGUUCGACUGAACCGGGUUGUUCCUUCAUGCCUUAUCUUUUAAGCUGUCAGGACUGUGCGGUGCUGCCUUUUACACUGAGGGCCAGUGAGGAUUACGGUAGAGAGGUAUUUACAUUUCAAAUAUGCACACCGCCUGCGAUAGCACUGUGGCAUUUACACAAACACUUUUAAACAUAUUUCACAUGAGUCUUAGUUUUGCAUUUGUGUUCUAAAGAAAAAUGUGAUGUUAUACGAGUCUUUUCAUAUGUUAAUUAUGUAUAGUUAUAUUAAUUAUGGAUUUAAUUAAUGAGUAGUAACAGGUUAAAAUGUCUUCUCACCUAAAUUUGGAUGAAUAUUGGUUGAUUUUUAAGUGUCUGCUCGAUGGAUAAUUAUGUUGUACAAGGGGUCGCCUUGGAGGAAUGUAUCACUAGGCUGUUCAGCAUCAGACGUACAUAUACAUUACACAAAGAUGUUAUUUUAUUUGAGACCACAGGUAUUUAAGUACUUGCUUUUCCUACUAGUCUAUAUAUAGAUAUGUAUUUCUAUAACAAUCCUUGAGAUGUCGACUGUGUGGACACAAUACGCCAUAACAGGGAUGUCUUGCAGUGUGAAGGUGCAUGUGAUGUCCAAGUUAAGAAAAUAACUUGGUAUUUAAUAGAGUCAUUGAUGAAUAAUAUAUUGAUCAAAAUGAAUUUAAUACUCAAUUUCACAGGUGAUUAAUGGGAAUCUAAUAUCAAAUGUGGCUUAACUAAAGGGACAAUGUUUAGGAAAAUAGACCAUGUAUUGUGCAUUAGGCUGAUUUCAGCACCCUCUGCUGGCAGAAAAGGGGAACUGUUGAAAAGGAAAGGAGACCGGAAGAAACACAUUUUCCACUGAUAAGCUGGAUACAAAAAUGAAACCAGACAAUUUAGGAACCAACAUCUGCCCAUUAUCCAGACACUGUAUAUAUACACACUUGCUCUAUCUGGAGUUAAAUUAAUUUUAUUGCACUAAAAAUGUAAAUGUCAGUAAAACUGUGAGAUCAGUGGAAAUGCCUUCCUCAGAAUUAGGGUGUGGAUGAGAUGUUUCAAAACAGUCAUUAAGGCGCAUGUCAUUUGUCUGAAAGAAAAAUGGUUUAUUUGCUCAGGGCAAGCAAAAAAGAGAAAAGCGUGCAAACACAAUGACGUACUUCAAACAAUCAUCAUUGCAUUUGAGUAAUAUUUUUGAGUUCAAUAUUAGAUAAAAAAAGAAUCAUCUAAAAAUAUAGCAUAGACCAACCCCAUCAUUUGGAAUUGUCUGUUUUCAUAAGCCAGACUUGAUUUAUUUCCAAAUCAUACAUUCAUACAUCACACAGGCGCAUCUGCAUUAACUGUGGUGUUGUGCAAGACAUUUUCAGUGUAGUUUACAUGGAGUUGUGUGACUUGAUCACAUGUGUGUGAGGUGUCUAUAGUUUCCCUUACAGCUUCUUUGGUUACCCAAUUUGCAUCAGUAUGAAUUUUUAAAUUGAAGUCUUGAAAGAUCACUUUUUCCACACAGAUUUAUUCAAUGUGAUCUGAAAUAGUUUCAUGAGUUCAUAAUCAUAUUCUGUUUUUCAUUAAAUGUUCUUCGUUUCCCAUUAUCCUUGCCUGUAUUAUGCAUUAAUGCAGUCCUAAAAACCAAUGUUAGAAUAUUGCAGUGCCUACCAUAAAUAUGCAAUGUCUUCAUGCAUAUGGCAUUAUAAACCUCUACAUAUAAUAAUAUGAGGGGCCUUGUUAUUGAGUGUCUUACUCUGUUCUUGUUUAAUGCUACCAGAUGGAAUUUGUUAAACUUUGUAAAACGUGAAUAUCAUUCAAAUGAAAUAGCCUUAAGCUUAUGAGAGCACUGAAACAAAUGAGGGUAUAAAAGCAUUUUUUAUUUGUUACUGAGGAAAAUAUAAUUUGGUAUAUAUAUUGUUGAACACAUUUUUAUAUUGGCUCUUCUGACAACGAAACACUGAAAUUUUGAUUUAAAUGUCGUCAUUGUAUACCGUAGCACUGAUGCUGAUAAACGGUGUCAAAUGUAAAAGAAAAUACAAAGAAAAAGUGUGGUUUAUAUUCAAGGUGAUGGAAGCAGGUCAUUUUUUUUGUUGUCCUACUUCGAUCCCUGUUGUUUAAUUUGUGUUUUUGGUAUUAAAUAUUGCUUAAUUAA